UAUUGUCGUGGACUUUGGAAGAGUACGGGGAAAUACGACGUCGUUUUGCUGACACUUGGCUCGUAACUGUUACCGUCCCAUUCCGAGAGUAACCAUUUUCAUCCGUCAAAGAAGAACUAAUUGCUCGCUCCUCUCAUCACCGUUUCUUCCACUCAGCGUCGCUUCUUAGAUCGCCACACUUCAAAUCGAUCUCAAUUUUCACAUAAUUUUCUUCUCAGAAUGUCGGAGCGAGACGCAGGUUGGGAUUUUCACCUCCGAACGCUAUCUAUCAGUGCCAGAGAUUCCAACAUCGCCAACGAUCCUGCUUCCGAUCCAUCUCUUCUUCAAUCCAUCAAGAAGCUUCAUGAAUUAUGCAAGGCUGAGAACAACGAAGAUUUGGUAGCUAGGGUUUAUCCGCAGAUUAAUAAGAUUUUUCAGCGUGCUGUGGCUUCUCUUUCUCAAUCUCAAACCUCCAAUGGUCUUCUUUUACUCGCGAUUCUUCAGUUUUACCUGGACUUUGGGGAGGUUGUUCUUCAUGAUGCUGAUCCUAGUCUCAGGACAUUUUUUCGUUCCUGCUUGAGCAGGGAGUUUGCUGAUCCUGUCGUUGCAGAAGCAAUGCUUGAAUUUCUCAUUCUUAACAAGAAGAGGAUUUUAACUGCCUUCCCUAACUUAAUGCCUCAGUUUUUUCCAUUGUUGUUAAAGCUGAUAGCUUGGAAUGGUGAAAGAUUAGAGAAACAAAUUUUGAAAGCCUUUCCAGGAUUGAUGUCACCUGGGUCAUUUAUUCCAUUGUUUCCAUCUUUACUAGACUUGCCUAUUUUGGUCGUGGCAUUGGAGAAGGUUGAAAAAAGCUCUGGACCACUAAUUGGAAGCAGCAUUGCUUCAAUUCAGAAAAAUACAGCUCCUAAGAUGCUACUUGCCCUUAUGGAUGAAGCAUAUACUGGUUCAACUAUAGAAGAUGGUGGAGGAGAUUCUGAAUUUGAGGAUAGCAGUGCAAUUGACGUGUCUGAUCCUUUGUUCCUCGAGAUCUUAAAGGAUGAAAAUGAUGGUAUCGCUGAACGGCCCUGGUCAUCACCAUUGAUGACCACAAUAUUACAGGCUGCAGUCAAUAAUCCUUACUCUGAUAGGCUGAAAGCAGUACUCCGCCUUACACCUCGUCUGCUUGAUGUAUACUUUUCUAUAGCAUUGCGCGAUGUGAAUGAUUCUUUGAUCUGUGCGUUGGUUCCCCUGCUUUUGUCAAGAUUUGCAACAAUAUUUCCAGACAAAAUAUUCUCUUAUGAGGUUCAUAAGCGGCUUUUGGAGUUUAUACUCGCCACAUUUCAGCGCUACCCAAACUUCAUUGCCCUUUUAAAGAAUUCAUUGCAGAAACCUAUAAUGGGCAGACUUGGAGAAGCUUAUGACAGCCCAGACAAGACAGAAUUGGCAUUGCAAUUAUGUUGGGCUAUUGGAGAGCAUGGUGGUGGGGGUGGAUCUCACAAAGAUGAAGCCCGUGAACUUUUUGAGAGUUUAGAACUACUUCUGUAUGAAAACCUUUCCUCAAGUCGUCUGGGCAUGGCACAGGAGGUAUCCCUUAGUUCUGAUAAGGAUACCUACAGAAGGUCCUCACAGUCUAGGCUUAUGUGUUUUGUUGUGACAGCCAUUGCAAAGCUUGCUACACAUCAUCGUGAAUUACUACCUAGAGCACGUGUAUCUUUGGGCAAGGUUGCUCGGUCUCGAAUUUCUGAUAUGCGAGUAUGGAGGCGUGCUUGUGAUUACCUGGGUUUGAUGAAAGAUCCUGCUAUAUGUUCAUCCAUAUUAGGGCCUUCACGACCUUCACAAGGUACCACACAGAAAAUUGGGAGCAUAAACUGGAGUGAAGGUGCAACAAAGAUGAUCGCACAUAUUCCAUUUUACAUUCUAGGUGAACAAGAAGGACCACCUUUUCAUGAUUUUUCUUUCUCGGAUAUCCUUUCCCACAGAUGAUGGAAGCUAAUAUUCUACUAGGUCUUUUGUUUUCUUUACUGUACUCAUCUUGGUAUCAUUCCGAUUAAUUUAUAGUAUCAUUUUUUGAUCUGUAGAGUAAUUAAACCCUGCAUUACUAUCACCAACCUAGGUUAAGUGUACAGUAGGGUGAAUGCUAUGGUCUUUUCAAGAUUCUAUGA